AUUGCACAAAAAACAUUUAAACGAGGUUUUAUGUUGGUUAAAGAUGGAGCCUAGAGACUUCUCUUUCACUUGUUUUUCUUGCGGUGAACAUUUUAUUCAUCAAAGUAUUUUAAAUCUGCUCCUCAAAAGCCAGUUGAGUACAUGCUUAUGUAUGUGAUCCCCUCCUUUGGCAGCAUUAAGGCUGGCCUUUCAUAUAUGGAGACUUUUAGAUGGAACGUAAACAGAAUUGGUUGCCCUUUGCUGGACAAGUUUAAGUCCGAAUACGGGUACUCUGGAGUUCAAAAAAAUGAAGAGUCAGAUUUUAGACAUGCUCUUCUGUUUAUAGGGUGUCUUUGCUGAACAGGUUUAAGCCAGAUUUUCAUUUUCGGAUGACUAUAAGAGUAAAGGUACAAGAAAGAAGCUCUUGACAACAGCAGAUUUAUUUUUUUACUCUCUGCGAAGGAAUCUUGUCAGGAACCAAACGGAUCUGAAGGGACACAACAGAAGUGCAGGGCAUAACAGAAGUGCAGGGCAUGCGACAAGACUGUCUAUUUGGUUGAUAAGCUAACGGCUGAUAAUCGGGUUUUUCACAAGGCUUGCUUUCGUUGCCACCAUUGCAAUGGCACUCUCAAGCUUAGCAAUUACAACUCCUUUGAAGGAGUGCUGUAUUGUAGACCACAUUAUGAUCAACUCUUCAAGAGAACUGGCAGUCUUGACAAGAGUUUUGAAGAGUAUACUGAAACUGUCGAACGUGUUCGCUGGCACCAGAGAGAAGUGCAAGGGCAAGGGCUGUGAUAACACUGUCUAUCCAAUUGAAAGGGUUACGGUUAAUGGGACAUCAUACCACAGGGGCUGCUUCAAGUGCUGCCAUGGAGGGUGCACCAUUAGUCCAUCAAUUACGUAGCACGUGAAGGGAAGCUGUACUGCAAACAUCACCAUAUCCAACUCUUCAAAGAGAAAGGAAACUACAGCCAACUCGAGACCGAUCGCCCGAAAAUACCAUCAAUACUUCAGCGACAGGAAUUGUCACCGAAUUGUAGGCCGCUUUAUGCUUCGCCGAUGGAAAGUCCGACCAUCCAUGCCACUUGGUUACAUGUGGGCUGACCAACGGACAGAUGUUAAGAAACUUUCUUAUCUUCCAUUGAUGAGGUUUUAACAAAUUUUUGGAAUAAGAUUGGUGGGCUUGUGAAAAAACUUGAAUUUAACUCGAUAACAAGCUGAGUUUGAACA